AUGACCAUCCCCACCGUAUCCUCCAGCCCCAAGCCCUCGUCUUCUGCCGCUAGCUCUCCCCAUGCCUCCUCGUCCCCAGGAGCAUCCACUCGCACUGGUGGUGCUGGCGGCGGUGGUGGUGCAGGUGGUGCUUCACCUUCGGGCUCAGCUACGACCGGCUCAGCUACCCCGCCUCUUAAGACGAACGGGGCAGCACAAGUCACGGGGGGCUUUGCUGGUAUAGCUAUCGCUGCCGUGGCUGCGUAUUACCACCUUUGA